AUAGUGUUUUUUCCCUUACCAUCUUGUUUUCACUCAACCCCCAGUGAGCAAGCUAUAGGUUCAGCUAAAUUCAAAUAUAUUUUUUAUUACAAACCUAUAUGCAAAUUAUUCUUUUUUUAUUAUUAAUUCUUAAAGUUAAAAAACUAGGGCUGUCAAUAGAAUACUACAUGCCCUCUUUUCAAAACCCCACCCUCCAAAGACAUGUAAGAUUGAUUGACAGGUGGAGAAGUACCUCCAAGUUUCUGAUUUGCUCAAAUGAGUUGGCCACGAGUCACGACUCUUCUUUACGAUUUACAGAGACUAGGGCUGUAGCCGAAACAGGUGUGAUUUCUCAGGGCAGCUAAUUUCAGUGAGAACAUGCCACAACCUUCAUCGUACAACCUGCUUCAUUCAUUUAUUCAUUUUUCCUUUCAGUCAUUUCACUGUUAUUUGUUGCAGCACCAUGAUGCCACUGGGUUGCUUCCUAAAACACUUUGAUUUGCAAUACAGACAGAAAGCAUGGAGAAACACCAACAGACAGACAUUCAGACCACAUGCACUUAGUCAGAGCGCUAAUGCAUGUAAACAUGUCUUGCUUUUCAGUUUGUCCCCCAGCCAGAGUCCCAUCAUCCUGAGUCCAUGCAGUCCAGGCAGCCCAUGCAGUCCUUUACAAUCCCUUCAUCCCUGGAGCUGUCGGAGCAGUAAUAGGAAGAGCCUUGGUGUUGGAACGCCGUCGCCCACCCGGCCUCUCUCACCACUCUCUGCCCACACAGCUGCCAGCAGCCCUCUGGACAGCCCACGAAAUGUGUCCACUGCUGUUUGCUCACUCAACUUCCCUUUUGCCCGCAGCCACCUGGCUCGAGCUGACAGAGCGGAAGGGAGACGGUGGUCUUUGGCUUCCCUUCCAUCAUCAGGUUAUGGGACCAACCCUCCCAGCUCUACUGUCUCGUCAUCAUCCUCAUCUCAAGAACGACUCCACCAGCUUCCAUACCAACCCACACAGGACGAACUUCAUUUCCUGUUCAAACACUUUCGAAGUUCGGAGAGUAUGACUGAUGAAGAUGGACGGCCCUCACCGUUUAUACGGCCCCGGUCACGUAGCCUUAGCCCUGGACGAACAGGUGGCUCAUUUGAUAAUGAAAUUAUAAUGAUGAACCAUGUCUAUAAGGAGCGCUUUCCAAAGGCCACUGCUCAGAUGGAGGAGCAUUUGCUGGAUAUCAUCAGGCAGUGUUCUCCUGACAGCACUCUCCCAUUGGGUGAUGGAGUCCUGGGGUUUAUCCAGCACCAGCUAAUGGAGCUGGCCAGAGACUGUCUGGAUAAAUCCCAGAAUGGCCUGAUAACAUCCCUGUACUUCAUUGAGCUGCAGGAUAAACUGGAAAAAUUGCUGUAUGAGGCUCUGGAGCGCUCUGAGAGUGAGGAGGUUUCAGUUAUCACCCAACUGGUGAAGAAGAUUCUCAUCAUCAUCUCACGGCCUGCACGACUGCUCGAGUGUCUGGAGUUUGACCCUGAAGAGUUUUAUCAUCUAUUAGAGGCUGCAGAGGGUCACGCCAAAGUCGGCCAGGGCAUCAAAACAGAUAUUCCCCGAUAUAUAAUCAGCCAGCUUGGGCUUAACCGAGAUCCCCUUGAUGAAGUUGUGCAGUUAGAGGGGCAGUAUGAUUCCGGCCCCACACUGACUGUCGAUUCGGAAGAAUCUGCAGAGCAGAAUAAAUCCUUUCCCACGCCACCACGAAGGAAACCACUGGAGAGUGAUUUUGAGACCAUAAAACUCAUCAGUAAUGGGGCUUAUGGGGCUGUGUAUCUAGUAAGACAUAAAGAAACUCGGCAACGAUUUGCCAUGAAAAAGAUCAAUCGACAGAACCUGAUUCUGCGGAACCAGAUCCAGCAGGUGUUUGUGGAGCGAGACAUCCUGACGUUUGCAGAGAACCCCUUUGUAGUUAGCAUGUUCUGCUCCUUCGAGACACGCAGGCACCUGUGCAUGGUCAUGGAGUAUGUGGAAGGUGGAGACUGUGCCACUCUGCUGAAGAACAUGGGCCCACUUCCUGUGGAUAUGACCAGGAUGUACUUUGCAGAGACAGUUCUGGCAUUGGAGUACCUCCACAGUUACGGCAUUGUGCACAGGGAUCUCAAACCAGACAACCUUUUGAUUACUUCGAUGGGACAUAUUAAACUCACUGACUUUGGGCUCUCUAAAAUCGGCCUCAUGAACAUGACCACCAAUCUGUAUGAAGGCCACAUUGAGAAAGACACCAGGGAGUUCAUCGACAAGCAGGUUUGUGGCACUCCGGAGUACAUCGCCCCAGAAGUGAUCCUGCGGCAGGGCUACGGGAAACCUGUGGACUGGUGGGCUAUGGGCAUCAUUCUGUAUGAGUUCCUGGUUGGAUGUGUUCCGUUCUUCGGAGACACAACUGAAGAGCUCUUUGGGCAGGUUGUCAGUGAUGAGAUUAUCUGGCCAGAUGGAGAUGAUGCCCUUCCUGUAGACGCCCAGGACAUGAUCACACGAUUACUGAAUCAAAGCCCCCUCGAGAGACUUGGAACAGGUGGGGCCCCAGAGGUAAAGCAGCAUAUGUUCUUCAGUGGUCUGGACUGGAACGGACUCCUGCGUCAAAAAGCUGAAUUCAUCCCUCAGCUGGAGGCAGAAGAUGACACUAGUUAUUUUGACACACGAUCUGAACGCUACCAUCAUUUGGCCUCUGAUGAGGAUGAUGAAACGAACGAUGAAGAGUCUUCCCUCGAAAUACGACGAUUUUCCUCAUGGUCAAAUCGCUUCAGCAAGGUUUACAGUAGCACAGAGCACCUGGCCACCCCAUCCAACCUGAGUUUCUCCUCCGACCGGAGUCACAGUGAAGAGAUAGAGGACCGGGCAGAAGGUAGAGAGACUCACUGCCCUGGAGAGAUCCAACGACAGGCCUCAACUGGAGACAAGAGGCUUUCACAGAGGGCAUGCCUGCGUCCUCGAGCUUCCACCAGCUCCUCUCAGCCUGAGCGUGCCGUGAGCCCCCUAGUGGUGAGCAGCACACACAGCCUGGAGGCCAUGCCUCGAUUUGCCCUGUCCACAGACGAUGAGGCUGAAGUCGUCGUAUCCAACCUGCGGCGAAUCAGACUACGUAGCAACAGCACUGGAACAAAACACUCGUCACCAAGGGAACAAGGAAGUCCUCAGUGCUUUGGGAACCAGCUGGAGAUGCCUGACAGGCAGCGCCUCUCACCUGGGCGCAAAGUCCCCAAGUCUGCUUCAGCGUCCACUCUCUCACUCAUUAUCACACCAGAUGAUGGGAGUGGCAGCCUGCAGGCUCGAUCCAUUUCCCCUCGCUCAUUUUCUUCUAACCCAUCAUCCCGAGACUCCUCCCCCAACCGAGACUUGUCCCUUGGCAUCAGCAGGCUCCGCCCACCCAUCAUCAUCCACAGCUCUGGGAAGAAAUACGGCUUCACCCUGCAGACCAUUCGUGUUUACAUGGGGACCAGUGACAUCUACACCAUACACCACAUGGUCUCGGGUGUGGAGGAGGGCAGCCCUGCUCAUGAGGCUGGCCUCCGAGCAGGAGAUCUGAUCACUCAUCUGAAUGGAGAGUCUGUGCAGGGUCUUGUGCACACAGAGAUGAUGGAGCUUCUGUUGAAGAGUGGAAACCAGGUGGCCCUGCAGACCAUCGCCCUGGAGGACACGUCCAUUAAGAUCGGGCCAGCGCGUAAGAGCAGCUGUAAGGGAAAGAUGGCCCGGCGCAGCAAGAGAAGCAAGUGGAGGGACAAUCAGGACCGGAGGCGUGGUGUACUGAAGAAGCUGUCUAAACAGAGCACUGUCAUGCACGGUAGCCGGAGUUUCUCCUCUGGACUGCACCAUUCUGUGUCUUCCAGUGAGAGUUUGCCAGGGUCUCCCACACACAGCCUUUCCUCUGGACCCACCACACCCUCCCAAAGCCCUGUCUCUGACCACACCACUGAUGCCAACCUCCCCCAGAACGCCUCUCCUUGCUCCAGCUCCCCAAGUUCACCAGCAGUCCAGAUGCGACCCAGCUCACUGCAUGGCCUCAGCUCCAAACUCAGCAACCAGCGCUACACUAAAGUGGGAAGACGGAAGUCCACCAGCAGUAUCCCACCCUCUCCACUGGCCUGCACCUCCUCGCCACAGGCCCUUUCCCCCCAGCGCUCCCCUUCUCCCUUACCGAGCAUGUCCAAAACCCUCUACCACUCUUUCCACGGCAAGACCCUCUCUCCCCCCACCAUCAUUCGGCACGUGGUCAGACCCAGGAGUGCAGAACCUCCCCGUUCCCCUCUUUUGAAGAGAGUCCAGUCUGCAGAGAAACUUUCAGGCGCCUUAUUCGCUGAUAAAAAGGCCACACGCAGACACGCACUGGAGGUCCCCCAUUGUGAGCUGGACGUACCAGGGGACGUUGAGGCAGAGGGGCCAGUAUAUACAGCGGAUCACAGUAGGCUGGGUGGGUACCUGUGUGCGCAAAGACUGCGGGACUGGCCUGGUGAGCGAAUGGAACAGAUCGUCGUAAUGCGCAAACUUAAUCUUUCAGAGCGCCGAGAUUCCUUCAAGAAACAGGAGGCUGUGCAAGAAGUGAGCUUCGACGAGCCAGAUGACAGAGCUCCCCAAAUCCCUGCUCAGACGACCACGUCAACUGGCGCACGACCCAAGCAGUCAGAACGGAUGAUGGGCGAAAUGCAGUCAGACGACGAGGUUGUGGCGAGGAGGAAUCCCCUGGUUCCUCAGAUCGCUGUACAAGGAUCAGAGAGUGAAGAGGCUGAUGACCGGAGGCUUUGCUCGGAUGAGGAGGAAAAGGCAGAGGAAAAGGAAAGCAUCUCACACACUCUGAGUCAGGGUGAACCUCAGGCAGACUGCACUGCCAGAGACGCGCCACAUGCCUCAGCAGCUGUACAUGAAACCACUGAGAUGAAUGCAGAUGCAUUAAAGCCAGAAAAGAAGCACCAGAGUCCAGAGAAAGACAAACUGAAAGAGAGAUAAAUGAGUGAAGGAGAGCUUAAUCUGCACUGGCUUCUCAGAGAUGUUUGUUCUGACUCAGAAUUAAAACAAUUGAGUUUAUGUAUUUUAUUAAAGGAAUAGUUCUACCAAAAAGGAAAAUUCUGUAAUUAUUUACUUUUCUGAGUCAAUGGCGACAGUAUUUUAAUUUUUGGCUGAAGUAUUCCUUAAACAUGUAAAUUGGAGUAAGCUAAUCUUAUGUAGGGAAUAUUUAUGCUCUUUUAAUUUCUGAUGCACAUCUGAGAGGUACUGAGAGAAAUUUAAUUACUUGAUUUUUCUAUGAAAAUGUAUGAAAGCUUUGAAUCCAUUUCAUCCUCCAAGAGCUCAAACUUUUCAUUUUUGCACCAACUUUGUGUCUGAUUUAAAAGCUACUAGUUCAAAGAUGUUUGAAUGAAAUUGUCAUGUGGCCUUUUUUAUAUAUAAUUCCACAGAAUCUCAAAGAGAUGCCAGAGCAAGACAUUUUAAAUAAUUUGUACUUCUUAAAAAAAAAAAAAAAAAGGACUAAGUGUGUCUACUGUUAGGGUUGAAACGGUGGGAACCCCACAAAUCACUUGAAAUAGUAAUUUCAACAUGCAGGUUGGUCCAAAAAGGUCAUAUAAUUUAAUGUCUACAUGUAUUUCAGGCAUCAAACCAAAUCUUCUUUUUUUUUUUUUUUUUUUUUUUAUUAAUUUACAUAAUCAUUUUAAAACAAAGUCCCUCCCUGAUGCUCUGUGCUUAGUGAUAUGUCUGAUGUUGAUUUUAAUUUAGCAGUCCCUUUUCAAACUAGACUUGGAUUUAUGACAUUUUGUUUACUAGUUGCGUUCAUCUUGUUUAACAUGAAUAGGUAACAUUAACUUUAAAGGUAAAACUUUUUACUGAUUAUUUUUUCACUAUGGUCCCCCAUGUUGGAUGUUUUAUUUAGUCAUUCCAAAUAGUGAGAAUGUUUGUUCCAAGUCAGAUUAUUGGAAACCUAAAAAUGAAUCAAAUAUUCAUGGGUGUUGAACCAUUUCACAGAUACUACUAAAUAUUGCAACAAAUUAGUAAAAUUAAGCAUGCAGUCACUGCAUAAAUUAUACUGGUGGGAACUCAUCUGUGUGCACAGAAAUCACUGUUACAACCCACAAGAGUUUUCCAUGGACUGUUGUGGCCUAUGUGGAGAGCUCACAAGCUUUUGUACCUGGAAUAAUGUUUACAUUUUUUAUACAUGUGGAUUUCUACUGUGCGAAAGGGAUCUGUAUGGACUGUUUUUAUAUGUUGAUUAAUGUAAUGCCAAAUCUGUGCAGAACCGGAGUUGGGAGGCUUUAAGUGUUGGGACAGUUGUGUUAAAGUUAGGACUAAUGAUGUCAUUUUUAAUAGGCUGAUCUCACUAACACUGCACACAUCAGACUGGAUGUUUUCAUGUGUUUAUAUGCAUGACCUUCCUCCAAAACACAGAUGGUUAUUAAUUAUGGGAUGGAGGUUUUUAGUUUGUUUUUUACUGUAAUAAUAAUGGUGUUGUUUAUUUUGGCCUUUUAUUCAAGUGGGCCAGAAACUAUAGUACAGUAUUUUUUAUUGCACACAUUGUUAUAAAUUGCAUGAAAAGGUGCAAGUUAUUUGGAUGUUAAUUUGUUUGAACUUGAUUGAUACUGUUUAUUUAUAUAGGAACUUUGGAGGAACAGCACGCACAUGCUUUACGAGCUAAAGGAAACAUUUCUUUGUUUUGUUUGAGUUAAUUGCAACCACUCUGUGUCUCUGUGCUACUUUAUGCAUCAGGCUACUGUAUCCGGUGUUAUUGAAAUUUUAAGCAUUCCAUGUGUGACAGAUAUUGGUGAAAAAGACAGUAGACUCAAUUUUUACUUUUUAGAAUGUCAGCCAAACAAUUUGCAUGCUGCAUGUUCAGUAAAUACGCCAAGUGCUGGCAUGGCAACCUGAGUGCAAUAUGUGUUAAAUGGUCAACUAUAACCAAGCCUUUAAGUUACAGUAAAACAGGAAUUGUAUUCAGAUCUGGGUGUCAUGCAGACCCUGUUUUGACAUCUUAUUCCUUUAUAAUAACAGACUUUAGAUUUUGUGGAUUAAGUGUUUGCUGUAUUUUAACCUGUUGUGUGGAACCCAGAGCCACUCUUAUACCUGUUCAGACAAGACAGGGUGACUGUGUGCCCUCUGCAGAGUCUGCACUGCUAUUCACACUACAGCUUCACAGGACGCAACAUGAGUCAUCUUUAUAUCUUGUGCUAAAGGUUUUCCAGAAUCGUCCGAGUUCUUAAAUCUUGGUUUGUGUUUAUAAAAUAAUAAUUUUAUAAAUGUGUUUAAUGUUGUCAUAACUGUUUGUCUCAUGAUGUUUUGUAAUAAAGCAUUCACUGUUUACU